CUCCGGUUACUACGAACAUAAAACCAGCGCUGUAGACUCCGAGCUCUGCGCUCUCACACACACACCGACCGCGCAAACCCGCUUCUCAUUCACACUUCAGGACGUUUACACGGCCGUUUGCGCCGAGGUUGCGCUCACUCCGGGAGCCUGUCCCUGUCCUGCAGGGAUGGUGAGUGUUUCUGAGUUCCAGUGAAGGCUUGUGGGCACGUUUGUGGUGGUGCUGCUCCUUGAAAGUAGCCUGGAAAUUCCCUCAACGUGGGACGUCCUGUCCUUCAACUCAUGAAUCACUCAUGAAUCUGGCCAGCCCUUGCUCUCUGAAACAUCAUGCCUUGUUGCACUGGCUCCCUUCUCAGGGUUUUAUCCAGGAGGAAUCCAUGAUUUGGCUUUGAAGUCCUCACCACUCGGUCUUGCUGUCCUUCUGUCUGCAUCUUGAGACGUGUCCCUCCACACCAUCACUCUACAGCACCAAACCGUCUGCAGCCGCUCAUCCUUUAACUGCCAUGAUGAAGACAAUCCGGGUCUUCUUUGCAGUGUUUGGAGUCUUCCUUCUCAUCCAUCAAACAGAAAGCGGGCAGAAUCCAGACUACGUGCUCCAUGGCACGGGAGUGAAACAUGGAGAGCCAAAAAAAUCUCAGGCAGAGGACGGCUCCACCGUGGCUCCAGAAGACGCUGCACGAUUCCUCAGUUGUUAUUGCUCAGGCCACUGCCCAGAGGACGCCACUAACAACACCUGCGAGACGAACGGGCAGUGCUUCGCCAUCAUCGAGGAAGACGAGCAUGGUGAAGCUGUCCUCACAUCUGGAUGUAUGAAAUACGAAGGCUCUCACUUCCAGUGCAAGGAUUCUCCCAACGCUCAGACACGGAGGACGAUCGAGUGUUGUUCCACAGAUUUCUGUAACCGAGACUUGCAGCCGACUCUUCCACCUCUUGUUAUCCAAGACCCCUUGUUUGUGAAUGCUCACUGGCUGGCUUUCCUGAUCUCGAUGACCGUGUGCUGCUUCACACUCAUCGCAAUUACCGUUGUGUGCUACUACAGAUAUAAGCUGCAGACAGAGAGAAGACACUACCAAAGAGACCUGGAGCAGGAUGAGGCCUUCAUUCCUGCUGGAGAGUCUCUCAAAGACCUGAUCAGCCAGUCAAGCACUGGCUCAGGCUCAGGUCUCCCCCUGCUGGUCCAGCGCACUAUUGCUAAACAGAUCCAGAUGGUGCGUCAGAUUGGAAAGGGGCGCUACGGUGAGGUGUGGCUCGGCCGCUGGAGAGGAGAGAAAGUGGCAGUAAAGGUGUUUUUCACUCGGGAGGAGACCAGCUGGUUCAGGGAGACGGAAAUCUACCAGACUGUACUGAUGAGGCAUGAGAACAUUCUUGGUUUUAUUGCAGCUGACAUUAAAGGCACAGGAGCCUUCACGCAGCUCUUCCUCAUCACCGACUACCAUGAGAACGGCUCUCUGUACGACUACCUGAAGUUCACCACCCUCGACACGCAGGCUCUGCUGAAGCUGGCAUAUUCUGCAGCAUGCGGUCUGUGCCACCUCCAUACCGAGAUCUACGGCACGCAGGGCAAACCAGCCAUCGCUCACCGAGACCUGAAGAGCAAGAACAUACUCAUUAAGAAGAACGGCACCUGCUGCAUCGCUGAUCUGGGUCUGGCUGUUAAAUACAACAGUGACACUAAUGAGGUGGACGUCCCUCUGAGUACACGGAUGGGAACACGGCGGUAUAUGGCCCCUGAGGUUUUGGAUGAGACGAUGAAUAAGAAUCAGUUCCAGGCCUACAUCAUGGCAGACAUCUACAGUUAUGGCCUCGUGGUUUGGGAGAUGGCCCGGCGAUGUGUGACAGGAGGCAUUGUGGAAGAGUACCAGUUACCGUACUGGGAUGCAGUUCCUUCAGAUCCGUCUUACGAGGACAUGAGGGAGGUCGUGUGUGUAAAAGGCAUGCGGCCUACGGUCUCCAAUCGCUGGAACAGUGACGAGUGUCUCAGAGCCAUGUUGAAGCUGAUGUCCGAGUGUUGGGCCCAUAACCCCGCCUCUCGCCUCACUGCUCUGAGAAUAAAGAAAACACUCGCCAAAAUGGUGGAAUCUCAAGACAUCAAAAUAUGACCUGUUCAUCCCUCCACAUUACACUGUGUGCUUCAGAGGCAGAGUGGAAAUGUGAACUGUUAUGAAACAGGACUUGUUCCCCGAGUUCCCAAACAUAAAUGUGAAGCAGAGCGCUAUGGAGCAGAGCACUUCUUCUCUUUCGCUGAAAUCCCUCCAUGUCCUUGUAGCACCCUCUGCUGGACCGGGAGUGCCAUGUCACCACUAGAAAGAACUACGGACAAGACCAAGUGUGGGUCUUUUUGGAUCCGAAACACUAACUCGGAGUAGAUCGAUCAAGCUGUACCCCUACUUCAACCGUCCAUCCUCUUUUACUUUAGACACUCUAUUGGGAGAGAUCUGCCAAAUAAAUCGCUUUCCGUGAAAGCUGUGUGUCGUCGUGCAUAUGGCAGCACAUGCCAACAGAGUGGCAAACCUGAAGUAUAGGGAUGUUUUGGAGAAGGUGGAUUUAUUCUCUGUAUGGUAUCGUUCUUCCAUCCUUCAUCAGUCAGAGAGACGUAUGCAUCAAAGCGGAGGUAUUUUCUCUCUCGCAGACUCAGUGACUGCUCUGGAUGCGGACUAUGUGCAGCACACAAUACAUGUGCAAAAGAACGCGUGCUGUUAUUUUAAAUGAUCUCAUAUUAUUAUAGAUACGUAACUAUUAUUCUCAAUAAUGUUAUUGAUAUUUAAAAAAUAAUCAUGUGAAGAAUUUCUUACACAUUCUCUAUUUUAAAAAAAAUCUGUCGGAUUGAUUAAUAUCGACGUGCUGUCAAAAAAUGUUUGGGUGAUUGUAAUUAGUGAGGACGGAAGUACAGGAACAGGGUCGUUUCAACCUAUAAGCGGCGUCGCUGAGGGCCCACAAGACUAGUGGGCGCUAUAAGAAUGCGUGAACAGGACUCGCAAAGGUUUAGAAACGGGCUUGGGCAUUAACACGGUCAGGACGGAUUUUCCUCACCAUCGGACACGAAUCAUUCACUUUAUAAACGGCAGUGCUGUCAGUCAUGUAUUCUGGCUGAAUAACAAGCAUGGUUUGGUUGUCUGUGAUGUAGUGCCAUGUAGCCUCACUUCAUCAUCCACAUUUCCUUUUACAGUUCACACUUCAUCUGCUGCCACUUUAGAUAAAAGUGACUUACAGUUGAGACCGAAUGCAACCGAGCAGUUCUGGGUUAAGGGCCUUGCUGCUCAUGGACCCAACUAAAACCCUAACCAAUAACCUUUUUAUCAUGCCAAUAAAUCACAUUAAUACCUGCCAGGUAGGAUUCACAUGAGUUUACGUUUAAGAGUUUUGGUUAAUGUGACUGAUUUGAUUUUUACUUAUAGAAUCUCCAAAUAUCAGAUGGGAUUGAAGAAUACAAUUGCAUGUGCUAUUUAUUCUAAUCAUGUCAUGUUGAAUGAACUAUUGUGGUGAAAAAAUAAAAUACUCAUUUUUAAGUGAUGUACUCAAUAUUAGUACAGAGCAGCUUAACAUUAGCGUCAUGUCCUGUUUUUAUUGUACAGGUAAAACUGGCCAAAAAAAAUCUGAAUAUCAGUAGCUCUCUAAAAGAAUCUUAUUUAUAUUACAUUACAGGCAUUGAGCAGAUGCUCUUCUUCAGAGUGACGUACAACAUACAUCAUAUCUAGAGCAGCCUGGGGAGCAGUUAGAGGUUGGGUGCCUUGCUCUAGGGCAUUUUUAGCCAUUCCUGCUGGUCCAGGGAAUCAAACCAGUGACUUUUUGGUCCCAAAGCUGCUUCUCUAACCAUUAGGCCAUGACUAAUGGUUGGAGAAACCUUUAAAAAAAAAAGUUACCUUUUUUAAAAUGAAACCUCUGACUUGGACUACGUUCAGACUGCACCCUGAAACGACCCAUAUCCGAUUUUUUUUUUUUUUUUUUUUUGGCCCAUAUGCGACCUGUAUCCGAUUUGUUAUUGACAAUCUGAACGACACAGAUCCGAUUUUUUUUCACAGAUCCGAUUUUUUUUGCAACCCAGGCCGCUUGGAUAUGUGGUCCUAAUUCCGAUGCAUAUUCGUUAUUUUCACAUGCGACUGCAGUCUGACCAGACAGGUCGCAUUCAUGCGACCUACACUUCAUCAACAAGAGACAAACGUCACUAUUCUGCGUUGGCUAAUCCCGCCUCUUUGGUGGAAAACAACAUUUGUACAGUUUACAGAAUUUAAAUAGACUUUUAUAGAAUUGAUCAAGCUAAUGGUAGAUUUGGUAGGGACCUGGAUGUUGAUCUGUUAGCCUGAUUAAAUAAAACAGUUUCUAUAACUGACUUGUAACUUAAACCAUCCUGUAUUACAAGAUUAUAAGAUUGUUCUGGAAAUUUCCAGUAAUUUGACACCUUCGGUCUCAUUAGUCUGCUGCCCACAUUAAUCAGAUUAUUGUGUGAGUUCCGCUGCAGCCACAAAAACCACAUCGCCAGGUCUCGCCUCAUCUCCAUUCUUUACUUGCAAACUUGAAGAGUGCGCUUUUUUUUUGCUUACGUAUUACGUAGAUGUGCUUAUUACGUGUCAAUUUGCGCAUGCGGGACACUUUUGGGUCGUUUUCCGUUCAUAUUGGAGAUCGCAUACAAGUCUCAUAUAAUUGGUAAUGUGAACUAGCCUGGCUAACACGACUUCAAAGCUCUCCGAGCAUUUGGUCUGGCCAAGCUAUUAAGCCAAACCGUUUCCCAGAGCCCGUGGUUGACCCGCCUCCCUGAAAUGUCUCAGUUUGCUACUGGUCGAAGCCAGAAAAGGCUGUGACGAAGCUUAAACCAGUCACAUCACUCUUUCCUCUGACGUAUGUGACGCGACGGGGCUAACUGGUAGAUUAAACUCUUACCGAAGCCGGUCGGGAGCAAGGCGAAAACGUCCUUCCUUUCAAUAAAUACCUCCAGGGCUGCUCUUUGCUCCGUUUUCAAUGAGAACUUCCCGUUGAAUGCUUUCAAUACAGCAUCUACCGCUGUGUCAAAGGCUUGCCGCUGCUCCAUGUUCGUGAUGUGAAUGAAGCGCUUCCGGCAUAGAUUCUGUAAACAAUCUAUGGCUUCCGGUCGCAGUUCUACUACGUCACUGCCUUGAACACGCCUCUACCCAGGGCCGUUGGGGAUGCUCAAAGUUGAUUGGUUCCCGAUUUUUCGGGAGCUUGGAAAUGCUGUAGAUAGCCUGCCUGGCCAGACUAAGCUCGCAACAGGCCCUCGUGUUGCGUCACGCUUAGGAUGGGCGGGCCCAGGCUAAAUUUGAACGGCCUAACAAAAAAAUUGGAUUUCACAACAAAUCGGAUAUGGGUCGUUUCAGGUUGCAGUCUGAACGUAGUGUUAAGAAUUAUACCAGAAAAUAUGCAGUGUGUAUUGAUUCCAGUAAUCACAUGAAUUCUGCUAAAAAAAAAAAACAACUCCAUUGUGCUUAUUGACUGUGUGCCUAUAUUUAACCUGGACAAUUGAAAUUUAAGUAACUAUUUAUUUUAAAUGCAUUAUUCCCACUAAAACCCUUUAAUACCCCAACAAUGGCAAUGUUAUGCAUCCGAGAGAGAAACCGUUUCUGGGACUUGAUUUUGCGUUCAGUGUUCUGACCUUCAAAAUACAGUGUUUCCACACCACGGUUAAUGUGUUCUUAUGCAUCAGAGCUCGUUUGUGUAAUUCCUAAAGCUCAGCAUCUAUGCACUCAAUCAGUUCGUCAACGCAUGACCAGUACCUUGUUCUUGAUUUAAAUGUGUUGUAGCCAGUAGAAAUGAAUCUGUAUCAUGAAUUAACUGCAGAAUCUUUUAUCCUUGUCUUAUAUGUCCAAUGUGCAAAAGGAGCUUGUGUAGAAAGGAUUUCUUUUUUUUUUUUGGUUGGUUGGUUUAUUUUGUACAGCAUCUGGGUUAAAGAAAGGUGCCUUAUGUUUACCAAGAAAAGCUGUUCUGUACACAAUUUGUCCAAUGUAUCAAUUUUAAAGUAAAUUACAAUAUUUUAGUAUGCAA